GGCCGCAGAAAGUUACCCACAGCAAACCCUCCUUGGAACACCCUCGAUCCGCUUGAAUAUGUCAACAGCACCACCUUCAAUAGCAAUCACAGGCCAACCCCUCGCCCCCACCUCCGCCUUCAUCCCCGGCCCGGGCACCUACGCCUCACACGACCAAAUCCACGCCUCGCUAUCAGGCUACACCACAACCAUCCCCUCCUCCUCAGAUUCAAACUCAUUACCAAUACUCUCUGUCGUCACCGGCGAGGAAGAGAGCGGUGAGGGCAAUGUGGUACCAGGCGAGGGGAAUAUUGUGUUGGGACGGGUGGUGAGGAUUAGUCCCAAGCAGGCUGUGGUGAAUAUCUUGGUUGUGGGGGAUGUUGCGUGUAGAGAAGAGUUCCAGGGGAUCAUUCGCCAACAAGACAUCCGUCUAACCCAAACCUCCCACACAAAAAUCUACUCCUCCUUCCGCCCCAACGACAUCAUCCGCGCCCAAAUCAUCUCCCUCGGCGACCAAUAUUCCUACUUUCUGAGUACGGCACGGAAUGAUUUGGGGGUUGUUUUUGCGAUGUGUGAGGAGAGUGGGGAGAUGAUGUAUCCGGUUAGUUAUGGUGAGAUGAGGUGUCCGAAGACGGGGGUUGUUGAGGAGAGGAAGUGUGCGAAGCCUGUUUGAUGGAGGAGGGGCCUAGCAUCACAUGAGGGUUGUCUGAGAGUGGUACCAUGGAGGGCGAGACUUGGCGAUGAUGACGGAAAGUGAUAUGCUAAGAACGACCGUUGAAGGCCAGUUGUCGAGGCUUGAGAGCACAUGAUGAGAAUUCAUUGCAUGUUGCGAACCCCGGAAAGUUGA